AGCUGAUUAUCGCCGUAAUUCUCCACGACCGAAACAACGCUGUCCUUCUACACAAAUGACUCAAGCGUGAUCCCACAGCACAUGUGGCUGGCCCCGGACUUCUCUGGAUAUAUUUUACUUUAUUCUGUUUCUCUUUGUUUUGUGAAUGGUCGCUGAGAAGAAGGCAACACAACUGUCACUGCUGCCUGUAGCCUAUCCUGAAUCUUUACUCCAGUGAAGACUGUUUUCACCCUGCCAACACUACUGAUGGACAACGCAGGGAUAAAAAGAGGAAUUGUGAUAAAAGAUGACUGGCCAGGAUACAAUCUGGACCUGUUCACUUACCCUGAACACUACCACGAAGACAUAGAGAGUGUUUACAUUCCACAUGGGGUAAUCAUGAACAGGAUAGAGCGUGUGGCCCGCUACAUCAUGGACGACUUUGGGGACAACAACAUAAUGGUGCUGUGCGUCUUGAAGGGAGGCUACAAGUUCUGCGCAGACCUGGUGGAGUUCAUCAAGGUUCUCGGUCGCAACUCCAACAAAUACCUGGAAACCCGGGUGGAGUUCAUCCGUCUGAAGAGCUACCUAAAUGACCAAUCAACAGAGGAGCUGCACAUCAUAGGAAGUCGGGAUCUGUCUUUCCUGCGUGGAAAGAGUGUGCUCAUUGUUGAGGCCAUAGUUGACACAGGAAAGACCAUGAAGGCCCUUCUGAAGCAUGUGGAGACCUUUGAACCCAAGAUGGUCAAGGUCGCGGGUCUGUUGGUGAAGAGGGUCCCUAACAUGGCUGAAAGUCUGACAGACUAUGUUGGAUUUGAAAUCCCCAACCGCUUUGUUGUUGGUUAUGCCUUGGACUACAAUGAAUACUUCCGUGACCUGAAUCACAUCUGUGUCAUCAGCAAGACUGGAAAGAUGAAGUACAAAGUUUGAGAAGAAUUAAAAGAAUUGGAGUAAUGCAGUCAGAGCAGCACACAAAUAUAAAUAAAAGAAAGAAAUGCUGCCCACCAGGAGAGGACGUUGGUGACAGAUGGAGAGAGCUUAUGGACGUUGGCAUCCCCGUGCCCGGAUGACGCCCACUCCGACUCAUGGAAAACACACAGUGGGUGCAGCAGACGCCGUCUCCUCACCACACUGCAUCUAUUUGUUCCCAACUUUAAUCAGGCCUUACUGGAAAUCAAAUCCCAACGCAUGAGAAUUCAGCUGAGUAUUGGGCAAAACUGAGAAAAAGAUUAAACCUGUUUAUUGUAUAUAACUUCACUUUACAGUGAAAUGAAAUCUCACAGACAAUAAUUAGACUCAUUUAGAAUUAAACUCUUAUGUUUUAUGCCUGAAA